UGAUGGUGUGAAAGCCAUUUUAUUAUUUGAACUUCUGCAAUAUGAGAUCCAAGACAAUAAUCAGUAUUUUGCAUAUUGCAUGGCAGAUAUUUUGUUUAGGAUGAAGAAUUACGGGUUUUUAGUCUUGGAUAGUUUGGAAUUCAUGCGAAAUAAAUAUGUAUCGAUAUUACUUCACACAGCUCUCCAUAUUGUAGGAGACUUAACUAGAAAAGAAUUUAGCAUGAGAUCAGAAUAUGAAAUUGUUAGUGAUGAAAGUUCCGGACGAGUUGAUUAUGAAAUCAAGAAGUCUGAAAACCUAAUCUACGUUACCAAAGAUAAGGUUCAUCCCGGAGAGAUUUCUCAAGCAAGUGAAAUUCUCUAUAGCAUCGAAUUCAACAAGAAGGCUUUGGAAAAAAACUCUGAGAAAUAUCAAGUAUUGUGUAAGGGUGUGAAAAAGAUAUUGGGUAUAAUCGUGGGUUUGUUAAAGGAUCGAGCUUGUGUGGAAAAGUCCCCAGAUACCAAGAGAGCUAGGGUUGAAGGAUACCACGCUAAAAAAUGA